UACCGCACUGUGGCCCAAGGCACCAAGAAGGAAGGCUGCACUAUCCUCUUCAUGAUCCUCUACUUCUUCGGCAUGGCCAGCUCCAUCUGGUGGGUCAUCCUGUCCCUCACCUGGUUCCUAGCCGCUGGCAUGAAGUGGGGCCACGAGGCCAUCGAGGCUAACUCCCAGUAUUUCCAUCUGGCUGCCUGGGCUGUACCUGCUGUCAAGACCAUCACCAUCUUGGCCAUGGGGCAGGUGGAUGGGGAUGUGCUCAGUGGGGUGUGUUACGUAGGUAUCUACAGCGUGGACUCCCUGAGGGGCUUCGUGCUGGCACCCUUGUUUGUGUAUCUCUUCAUUGGCACUUCCUUCUUGCUGGCUGGCUUCGUGUCCUUGUUUCGCAUCCGCACCAUCAUGAAGCACGACGGCACCAAGACGGAGAAACUGGAGAAGCUGAUGGUGCGCAUCGGUGUCUUCAGCGUCCUCUACACGGUGCCUGCCACCAUUGUCCUGGCGUGUUACUUCUACGAGCAGGCCUUCCGCGGCACCUGGGAGAAGACGUGGCUCCUCCAGACCUGCAAAACAUACGCUGUGCCCUGUCCCAGCCACUUUGCCCCCAUGAGCCCAGACUUCACCGUCUUCAUGAUCAAGUACCUCAUGACCAUGAUUGUUGGGAUCACUACUGGCUUCUGGAUCUGGUCUGGCAAAACCCUUCAGUCCUGGCGACGCUUCUACCACAGACUCAGCACCGGCAGCAAAGGCGAAACAGCAGUAUGAGACCCUCCUGUCCCCUGUGGCACACACACACUCACAUAUGCACACACGCAGAGGAGACUAAUACUCGGCAGAAGAGUAGGGCAAUGGCUCCCUGAAGAGGGAAGAAGGGAGGCUUUUUCAAACUUUUGCUUCCUCACAGAAGGAAAAAAAGGAAAAAUCAUUGCAUAAAGGAUCAGUCAAACUAUGUCCAGUGGUGCUUAUGCUCAGCUAAGUGGAAGAGGACAGUAAAAGAGGCCACUGGUGGGAUGGGAGAGUCCUUCACCCAGAAGUCCCCUUAUUUCUCUCUCCUGCUACCCCUGUCCAGGAAAAAACCUCCAACCCAACUAAAAUCAGCCUGCCUUGCUUUGGAC